CUUCAAGACUGUGUUUAUCGUUUUGAGUCCAUAUCAAAAAUGCUUUCUGGAGUCAUCUAUGGUAAACCCUCUUACGCAACUUCCAAACUGAAGACACACCAUAUUUCCCAGCCACAAUCUGAAUAUAAACCCACAAGAAUCCCAAUUUUCUCACUCACAAGCUGUUUGUGUCAAUGUCUUCUCCUAUACCAUCCAAAAUGAAGGCCUGGAUUUACUAUGAGUAUGGCGGGGUUGAGGUGUUCAAGUUCGAGUCCGAAGUUGCAGUGCCGGAACUGAAAGAUGAUCAGGUCUUGAUUAAGGUGGUGGCGGCCUCUAUUAAUCCAGUUGAUUACAAAAGGCGGCUCGGGCAAUUUAAGGCCAUUGAUUCACCCCUUCCUACUAUUCCGGGCUAUGAUGUUGCUGGUGUGGUGGUUAAAGUUGGUAGUCAAGUAAAAGGCCUAAAAGAAGGAGAUGAAGUAUAUGGGGACGUAAAUGAGAAGUCGAUGAUACACGAACGACCAAAACAAUUUGGCUCGUUGGCCGAGUACACUGCUGUUGAGGAGAGAUUACUGGCUCUGAGACCCAAAAAUCUUGAUUUUGCACAGGCUGCUAGUCUCCCUGUGGCUAUUUUGACUGCUUAUGAAGGUCUUGAAAGUGCGGGAUUUUCUGCCGGAAAAUCCGUACUUGUAUUAGGUGGGGCUGGUGGAGUUGGGUCCCUUGUGAUCCAGAUUGCAAAACUAGUGUUUGGUGCUUCAAAGGUAGCUGCUACUUCAAGCACAGGAAAACUGGAACUUCUGAAAAGCUUGGGGGCAGAUUUGGCAAUUGACUAUACUAAGGAGAACUUUGAAGACCUUCAGGAAAAAUUCGAUGUCGUUUAUGAUGCUGUAGGGCAAGGAAACAGGGCAGUGAAAGCAGUGAAGGAAGGUGGCAGUGUAGUAUUUAUAACUGGUGAAGCAGUGCCACCUGGGUUUUUCUUUAGGCUACAUUCGGAUGGAGAAAUACUGAAGAAACUAAAUCCAUUUCUGGAGAGCGGGAAGAUAAAGCCGGUGCUCGACCCAAAGGGGCCAUAUCCUUUCAACAAGGUUAAUGAAGCUUUUGCUUAUCUGGAAACAAACCGAGCCACCGGGAAAGUGGCUAUAUUUCCUAUCAAUCCAUGAUCAGCAACAAAGAAUACUAUGUCUGUUCUGGCUAAAAAUAUAUGAUAGUUUGGUGUUAAGAGUAGAAAUGUAGUUGUGAAUAUUCUGAAUAAAUAUAAAAUGAGUGGAAAAUCUUGUUAUUGUUAAAGUAUGUUGUGACUGGCAUAUGUAUUAGCACAUGUAAAAUAGAGAAUAAUAAAUAUGAGCCAUUCUGCAAUUUUAUUA